AGUAGUUACAACACAGGCAUUAGUAGGAAUUACAUCACAGGCAGUAGUAGUAGUUACACCACAGACAUUAGUAGUAGUUACAACACAGACAUUAGUAGUAAUUACAUCACAGACAUUAGUAGUAGUUACAACACAGACAUUAGUAGUAAUUACAUCACAGACAUUAGUAGUAGUUACAACACAGACAUUAGUAGUAAUUACAUCACAGACAUUAGUAGUAGUUACAACACAGACAUUAGUAGUAAUUACAUCACAGACAUUAGUGGUAGUUACAACACAGACAUUAGUAGUAAUUACAUCACAGACAUUAGUGGUAGUUACAACACAGACAUUAGUAGUAAUUACAUCACAGACAUUAGUGGUAGUUACAACACAGACAUUAGUAGUAAUUACAUCACAGACAUUAGUAGUAGUUACAACACAGACAUUAGUAGUAAUUACAUCACAGACAUUAGUGGUAGUUACAACACAGACAUUAGUAGUAAUUACAUCACAGACAUUAGUAGUAGUUACAACACAGACAUUAGUAGUAAUUAC